CUAUCAUCCAACCAUCAUGCUAGCUGAAGAAGUCCAGUGCAACUAGCCUUGCUAAAUCAUGCAAUGAUAUGUUGGGUUAUUUUACCCGUGUGUUGUAUUAUUUCUUUAUGGACACUGGGGUCUAGAAUGGAAUCAACAACUGGUGUGUGAAGGUCGUUGUUUUUUUUUGCCAGGAGGACUCAAAAGGACAGGCGUCUCGGUUGACUAACGCUAGCCUGUUAGCUAGCACGGCUAACCGUAGCAUACUCACACUGCCUGCCAUCACGACCAGCACAAGCCAAGUCCACGAGUCGGCGUUUCAACGUUGGAAAUUACUAUCAUCAUGGAGAAGGCUGAUUUCUUGAAAGGACUUCCUGUCUACAAUAAGAGUAACUUCAGCAGGUUCCAUGCAGACUCUGUUUGUAAAGCGUCUAAUCGGAGGCCCUCUGUGUACCUUCCAACACGAGAAUACCCAUCUGAACAGAUUAUUGUAACAGAGAAAACCAACAUCCUUUUGCGUUAUCUCCAUCAGCAGUGGGACAAAAAGAAUGCAGCAAAGAAAAGGGAACAGGAGCAAGGUGAGGGUGACAGUCCGGCACCCCCAAGGAAGAUCGCUAGGACAGAUAGCCAAGAGAUGAACGAGGACUCAUAAGUUUGUGUAUAUUUGUGUGUGUGUUUGAGAGAGUGUGAAUGAAUGUGUGUGUGUUUGCAUAUACAGGGUAUAGCCAGCAUAAACUAACAAAACUGAGGAUAAUCCAACCUGAAUAAAUACUUCUGGUCAUUCUGCAUUAUGGCAGAAUGACCAGAAAUGACUUCUAAAACUUGGAAAUGAGUUGGCAUUUUUGCCCUCCCUGCUCCCUCAUCUUGAAGUCAAUGAGUCUAUUGAAAUUUUUUUGAUUCACACACACUUAAAGGUACACUGUGCAGGUUUUUCAGUUACUGUUUGCAAACAUGCUCACCACCAAAAGUGAAAGUAAAAGCCAGAUUCGUUUAAGUUUAUCAUUUCACCUCACUAUUUGCACUUUUUCAGCACUCUGUCUCUUGGAUGCUCGUUGCUAAUGUUAUUACUCCUGGUUGUCACCUUUUUAUAAAGCCCCGACCUCACCUGAGCGCCAUUGGGGGUUCAUACCCAUAAAUAUCCCAAACAAAAAAAAUAAGAGGAAAAAUAGAGGCAGAGGGCAGAGGCUCUGCAGAAAAAUACACCGUCACACAUUUCUAAUAGGCCAAAAGCGAUGAUUGAGAUGGAUCACUUUUGUGUGAGUCUUUACACUGUUAAAUCCCUCAUAAUAUAUCUUAAAAAUUAAAAAAUUUCAUGUUUUGCUCUCUGACAUAAAAUACAUCAGUAAUUUCCCACUUUGAAUUUUCAUGCUUUUGUCUAAAAAAAAUCAUUAUUAACAAGUGGCUAAAUGUGAUAGAAGUUGGCGACUUUGAACAUCCUUGCGCAGCACACGCCUUUUACAGCCUCAUUAUGAUUGUGAUGUUGAAGUCAUGGGACUGUGGUGUACUUUGUUUGUAGUCUAAUAUUAGUGUUUUACAUUUGCUGAUUGCAAUUACGCUCCAAAUGUCCGAAGAUUAUCUUGCUAAACAAGUUAUGCAAGUGUCAUAAACUUUUGUUUGUCGCAGUAUUUUCUGAAAAGUACUUGAUUUUUAUCGAGGGAACCACAGCGACGUAAACGUUUGGGCUGGCAUACAGAAAAACUUCAUCCCUGCAACACUCAAUUUUGUUACUCUUAUAUAUGUUGCCUAUUCCCUGUGUAGGUUAGCAACCGUGUAUAUGUAUGCAUGCUGAGGUGUGAGUGUGUGUUGUACUGUGUGUGUGCAGUGAAUGAAUAGUUGAAAAAGUGUAGAUUUAAGAUCAGAGGGACUUGACACAUAAAGUCAGACACUACCCUUAAAAACAGUCUCAUAAACUGGUACAUGACUUGUGUAGCCUUCUUCUGCCACCCAGAGAGUCUGUCCUGAUUUGUGCAAAGAUACAUUUUUGUUACUGUUUUAACUUUAUUAUAACUAUUAUUUUUUAUGUAUGGCAAUGAGCUUCCUGCCAGCCACAGUGCCCACCCUCUCAGUUUCACUGCCCACUCUGCAACCACAUGGGGGCAUUGCGACAUUUCUCCACACUGUUUGAAUCAAGAGAAUCAAGUCUGCACUGUGAAGAACAGCACAACGUAGAGGCAACUCUUCCAGAAUCCCCCGUAGAUGUGUAUUUAUGGUGAAUAUGCAUAUCUCCAUUCUAUUCUGGGACUUGUGCUUUUAGGAUAAAUGUGGUGUUGGUGUUUCUGAGAAAUAUUUUUUGCAUCUAGCACCACCUGCUGGCUGAUCCAGGCUUGUAAGAAUGAGUAAGGUUUAGCUGAUCUUUAUCAAAGGAUGUACAAGACAAAAAGAACAAAAAACAUGACCUUAAAUAUGGAGAUUUUGAUGUUGGAUUUUCAGGUGCACAACAGGGUAACAGCACAGAUAGUGAAGAAAAAAAUGUAAUGUCUGGAAAAGGGAAAAAAAAAAAAAAUUAUGAUAUGUGUAAAUAAUUGCCAGUACCACAAUUAGUUCAUCCAAUGGAGUAUCUUUGUGUCUGCCUUUUUGUAAAAUAAUACUUACCCAUGGAUACGAUAGAAAAUGACCCUUGGGACAGUAAAGAAAGAGCCCUGGUGCCCAGUGGAUGUUGCCUUGCAUGUUGAUGUUUUCACAGCUGGGUGUUAUGUUCCUGGCCCAUUAAUACAACGUAAGGGGUGUUGGGGUUGUGGUGUUAUCUUGUGUGACUGGAAGGUUUUAGCCUAGAGGCCUUACAACCCGUCAUCAUGGUUCGGACCCUUUCGCUCCCCCAGGUCAGGGCCCGGGCAGCUGUACUGUUCUCCCUGUCUUUGUGACAGUGCUGAAUGGUUUGUGUCUGAGAGCUGGCUUAGAUGAACACGGGGGUUUAAAGCGGUGUUAUAAUUUCAGCCAUAGAAUGCACAAUAAGCAUGCACAGCAAAGUGCAGUUGCCAUCCUGCCUUGUUCCUGAGAUUCAGUUUGUAUUGGUGUCAUAUACUGUACAACACUGAUUAAAGCUUUUUUCUUCUUUUUUAAUAUCACUGCCCAGCAGUCACGUCAAACCCUCCAGCCCCUCUUGUCUUUUUUUUUUCAGUCAAUGCUGCAAUGUUGGUUGACAGUGUGGUCAGUCAUCUUUUGACCCACAGUGUAAAUACUGUCUGUUUCUGAAGUGUAAUACCACAUUAUACUUCUGCUCGGAUAGACUGUUGUACAACACCCUAAGCCUUGCCCCAUCUCAUGUGUGUUAGAUCAAAUGUUCUUUUUAGCUUUGCAGAAAUAAAACUGGAUUAAAAAUG